GCCAUGUUGGUGUCUCACAGUUAAAGCCAUGAGCGAAUUUCGGAUCCACCAUGAUGUCAAUGAGCUGCUCAGCUUGCUGCGCGUCCAUGGAGGAGAUGGGGCCGAGGUCUACAUCGACCUGCUGCAGAAGAACCGGACCCCAUAUGUCACAACCACUGUUUCUGCUCACAGUGCCAAGGUUAAAAUUGCAGAAUUUUCUCGAACUCCUGAGGACUUUCUCAAGAAAUACGAUGAGCUGAAGUCUAAAAAUACAAGGAAUCUGGACCCGCUUGUGUACCUCUUGUCAAAGCUCACGGAAGACAAGGAGACACUGCAGUAUUUGCAACAGAAUGCAAAAGAAAGAGCUGAGCUUGCAGCUUCGGCUGUGGUCAGCAGUGCCACCAGCAGCUUCAGUGUCCCUGCCUUAGCUUCCAAGAUGUCCACACAGGAGCUGGAGGAGCUGAGGAAGCAGCUUGGCAGCGUGGCCACUGCGUCCUCGCUGCAGCAGUCUCUGGAGCUUACAAGAAAGAUACUUCGAGACAAACAGAACAAAAAAAACUCAGGCCAGCACCUCCCUGUCUUCCCAGUAUGGGUGUACGAGAGACCUACACUAGUUGGAGACUUCCUGGUUGGCUCAGGUUUAAGCUCAGACAUGGUUUUGCCUAUAGGCGCACUGCCCUUGGCCUCCCAGGAGUCAGCCGUGGUAGAGGACCUGCUCUAUGUGCUUAUGGGUGUGGACGGCAGGUACGUCACUGCCCAGCCGCUGGCAGGGAGGCAGAGCCGCACCUUCCUAGUGGACCCCAACCUGGACCUGUCCAUCCGGGAGCUGGUGCACAGAAUCCUUCCUGCGGCUGCCAGCUACUCAACUGUGACCAGGUUCAUUGAGGAGAAGUCUUCCUUUGAGUAUGGGCAGGUGAACCAUGCUCUAGCAGCCGCCAUGAGAACCCUCGUGAAGGAGUACCUGAUCCUGGUCACACAGCUGGAGCAGCUGCACAGGCAGGGGCUCCUGUCGCUGCAGAAGCUCUGGUUCUAUAUCCAGCCAGCCAUGCGCACUGUGGACAUCCUGGCCUCUCUGGCCUCCUCCGUGGAUAAAGGUGAGUGCGUUGGCGGGUCAACACUGAGCCUUCUCCACGACAGGAGCUUCAACUAUACUGGGGACAGCCAGGCACAGGAGCUCUGCUUGUACCUGACCAAAGCAGCCAGCGUGCCCUACUUUGAGGUCCUGGAGAAGUGGAUAUACAGGGGUAUCAUCCAUGACCCGUACAGUGAGUUCAUGGUCGAGGAGCAUGAGCUGCGGAAGGAGAAGAUCCAGGAGGACUACAAUGACAAGUACUGGGACCAGCGGUACACCGUGGUGCCUCAGCAGAUACCCUCCUUCCUGCAGAAGGUGGCGGGCAAGAUCCUCAGCACAGGAAAAUACCUAAAUGUGGUCAGAGAGUGUGGCCGUGAUGUUACCUGCCCGGUAGCCAAAGAGAUCAUCUACACACUCCAAGAGCGAGUGUACGUUGAGCAGAUCGAGAAGGCAUUCAACUAUGCCAGCAAGGUGCUACUGGACUUCCUGAUGGAGGAGAAGGAGCUAGUGGCACACUUGAGGUCCAUCAAGCGCUACUUCCUGAUGGACCAGGGUGACUUCUUUGUGCACUUCAUGGACCUCACUGAGGAAGAGCUCAGGAAGCCAGUGGAGGACAUCACACCCACGCGUCUGGAGGCACUGCUGGAGUUGGCCCUGCGGAUGAGCACUGCCAACACGGAUCCCUUCAAAGAUGACCUCAAAAUUGACUUGAUGCCUCAUGACCUCAUCACUCAGCUUCUGCGAGUUCUGGCCAUUGAGACCAAGCAGGAGAAGGCCAUGACCCACGCCGACCCCACCGAGCUCACUCUGAGCGGCCUGGAGGCCUUCUCCUUCGACUACAUGGUCAAGUGGCCCCUGUCACUGAUCAUUAACAGGAAGGCACUCACGCGCUAUCAGAUGCUCUUCCGGCACAUGUUCUACUGUAAGCACGUGGAGAGGCAGCUGUGCAGUGUCUGGAUCAGCAACAAGACCGCCAAGCAGCACACACUGCACUCAGCCAAGUGGUUUGCCAGCGCUUUCACUCUGCGGCAGCGCAUGCUCAACUUUGUUCAGAAUAUUCAGUACUACAUGAUGUUUGAAGUGAUGGAACCAACCUGGCACAUCCUUGAGAAAAACCUGAAAUCCGCCUCGAACAUUGACGAUGUCCUUGGCCACCACACAAGCUUCCUGGACAAUUGCUUGAAGGACUGUAUGUUGACCAACCCUGAGCUGCUGAAGGUCUUCUCCAAGCUCAUGUCUGUGUGCGUUAUGUUCACCAACUGCAUGCAGAAGUUUACACAGAGCAUGAAACUGGACAGCGAGCUGGGCACCAUGCUGGGGCCACCAGGGGAGGCUGAGCGGGCAGAGGAACGUCCCCAGAAGGACCCUGUUCGGAAGCACCUGGCUGAGCCCGUGGACACCCCUCAGCUGGCUUCCGGCUUUGAGGCCACCAUCAACAACUUUGACAAGAAUUUUUCCACUCACCUUCUUGACCUGCUGGCCCGCCUGAGCGUCUACAGCACCAGUGCCUGGGAGCACGGCAUGGCCAGCGUCAUCUCCAGGCUGGACUUCAACGACUUCUAUGCAGAGCGGCUAGGGCGCCUGGAGCGCCUGUCUGCAGAGAGGAGCCAGAAGGCCGGUCCCCCGGCGCCCCUCCUGCGCGGGACCUCGGCCCCGGCCCCCAGGGUGGCCGUCUCUGCUCAGUAGCAGUGACAGCACCGGCAGCAUGUGGGAGAAUUACUUGGGGCCAGCUGGUGCCAUGGUGCAUGUGGCCCAAGAAUUUGUGCUGAAAUGUUCCUGGAAUACACGAGCUGCGUGUUAUUACUGCUUAAAUAUAGUUUGAGUUCCCAUCUUG